AUGCAACAGGUCGACCUCCCCGCGAAUGCGAGCAGCGAGGCGCCGCCCCCACCGACGGACACCAGACUGGACAUUGACUUUGAGGAGCUCCUGACUCGGCCGGCCAGGCCGCCCCGCCCCGGCAGACCCCCCUCCCGCGCCAGCGAGCGUGCCGCGGCCGCCUUCCGCAUCCUGCGCCGCAGCGGCGUCGUCCGCGACCAGGCCCUGGCCCUGUACGUGAACAGUGCCCUCUUCCCCACGGCCGCGGCCGCGUUCGAGGACGCAGUGCUGUCCCGCGCUCGCCCACGGGAGCUGGCGGCCAUCGGGGCGCUGGCCACCGGCGGCGCGGUGGCGGACGCGCUCUUCCCCGCCUUUGCGCGCUUCGUGCUGCGGGAGUACCGGGAUCAGGUGACCCAGUACCGGUCGCUGGUGCAGACCGCUGACCUGCGCGCGGCGCAUGCCUGGUUCCCCCUGGCGCGCGCGCUGCAGCGGCGCAUCGUCUACCACGCCGGCCCCACCAACUCUGGCAAGACCUACUCCGCCCUGGAGGCCAUGAAGGCGGCGGGGUCGGGGGUGUACUGCGGCCCCUUGCGCCUGCUGGCCAUGGAGGUGUACGACACCUGCAACGCCGCUGGCACCUUUUGCGACCUGAUCACUGGCCAGGAGAGGCGGGAGGUGCCGGGGUCAAGCCACGUGUCGUGCACCGUGGAGAUGGUGGACCUGAGUCGGCGUGUGGACGUGGCGGUGCUGGACGAGAUCCAGAUGAUCGGGGACGAACACCGUGGCUGGGCCUGGAGCCGGGCGCUGAUGGGCGUCCCCGCCAACGAGAUCCACCUGUGCGGGGACGGCUCAGCGGUGGAGCUCGUCCGCUCGCUGGCCGCCGCGAUGGGCGACGAGCUGGAGGUGCGCAGCUACGAUCGCUUCACGGCUCUGGCAGUGGAGCCAGGGGGCCUGGGGCCCGGGGUCUACGCCGCCACGCAGCGCGGUGACUGCAUCGUGGCCUUCUCGCGCCGUGACAUCUUCGAGAUCAAGGCGGCGGUGGAGCGCGAGACCUCCCACCGCUGCUGCGUGAUUUAUGGCGCACUGCCCCCCGAGACCCGGCGCCAGCAGGCCCAGCUGUUCAACGCCGGGGACAACAAGUACCACGUCAUGGUGGCCUCCGACGCAGUGGGCAUGGGUCUGAACCUGAACAUCGGCCGCGUCGUCUUUCACAGCCUGCACAAGCAGUUUGGGGGCAACGAGAGGGCGCCGGUGUCCGUGUCGAUGAUCAAGCAGAUCGCGGGCCGGGCGGGGCGGCGCAACUCUGAGUUCGCGCAGGGCAAGGUGACGUGCAAGAACCCGGAGGAGCUUGGCAUACUCACGGCGGCGCUGGAGACACCUCUGGAUGUUAUGGUCACCAGGAAGGCAGGCCUCUUCCCUGAGUUCGAGCACCUGGAGGUCUUUGCCGGGCAGCGGCCGGAUGAUACCUUUAGGCAAGGAGGCCCUCAACUGCUUUCAAGAUGUGAGACGCUCAACCAAUUUACGCGGCAUGCCGUCCUGGACUCUACCUUUUUCCUGUGCAAGCAAGACGGCGUGUUUACGGCGGCUCAGCUCCUCGGCGAGACCCAGCUGUCCCUGCGUGACAUGUACAGCUUCUGCAUGGCCCCCGCCAGCUCCAGCAACAUGCAUGUCCUUGCGGCCCUUCUCCACUUCGCCCGAGUCUACGCCACCGGGGCCCCCGUGACACUGGACCUCCAGCUGCCCCGCAAGCUGCCGUGCAACACGCUGGAGCUGCGCCAGCUGGAAACCGCGCACGCCAUCGUCAACCUCUGGCUCUGGCUGUCUUACCGCUUUGACGAGGAGGCCUUCCCCGGGCGGGAGGGGGUGCAGCAGCUGUCUGCCGACAUCUGCGACCUGCUGCACCGCGGGCUGAGGAAGGUGACGAGCCUGACCAAGGCCUCCGGCAGCGCCCGUGCCUCGCGGGCCGUCGACCGCACAGCACAGAGGCCCAGCCCCGCCCACGAGCGGCUGCUGCGGCCCUUCGAGGCCCAAGCCCAGGCGCUGCAGCGGGCGCAGCUGGAGGAGCGGAGGCUGCAGCGCAGCCAGCAGGCGGGGGAGGGCAGGCUGUUGAGGGCCAGGCAAUCCGCGCCGUGUGAGGGGCGGCGACGAGCCGAGAGCCUGGCGUGA